AUGUUAUCGUCGUCAUCAUCAUUCCAUUAUAGUCAAUUUUGUUUCAUCUUAUCGUUUCUGAUAACGUUUACCUCGGCAUACAUCGAUCCAUCUACCACAAAUCCACAAUUAAUAAAACGUUUCGAAUAUAAACUUAGUUUUAAAGGACCACAUUUAGCAUUCAAAGAUGGCUCAGUACCAUUUUGGACAUUUGGUGGAAGUGCCAUUGCUAGUGAAGAUCAAGUCCGGGUUACACCAUCUAUUCGAAGCCAAAGAGGUUGGAUUUGGAGUAAAAAUACAUUAGGAGCAGACAAUUGGGUUUUGGAUGUUAAAUUAAGAGUAACAGGACGAGGAAGGAUUGGAGCUGACGGAAUGGCUAUUUGGUUUACAGAACAGGCUGGUGUUGAAGGACCAGUAUUUGGAUCAAACGAUCAAUGGAAAGGCUUAGGCAUAUUUUUAGAUUCAUUUGAUAAUGACGCACUGUAUGAUCAUCAACGUGAUGGAAGUGGACAAAUACAAGGAAAUUGCAUUAGAGAUUUUAGAAACAAACCUUUACCUAUUAGAUUGAAAAUUGAAUAUAUUAACAAUGGAUUAACGUUGUAUGUUAAUAAUGGUUUAACUCAAGAUGAUAACGCCUUUGAAUUUUGCACACGAGUUGAACAACCAAAUUUACCAAAAAUUGGCUAUCUUGGCGUUUCAGCUGCCACAGGUGGUUUAGCCGAUGAUCAUGAUGUUUUAGAAUUUUUAUCAUAUUCGUAUGUUGAUAAACAAUCAAUGGCCAAUCAAGCAACAGACGAACAAAUGAAAAAAUAUCGUGAAGAAUACGAAAAAUAUGAGGAAGAUUUGAAAAAACAACGUGAAGACUAUCGAAAAGACCAUCCUGAUGCAACACCCCCAGUAGAUGAGAAAUCUUUGUAUGAAUCCGAAUAUGAUCGCGAAUUUCGCACAAUAUUAGAAGGACAAGAUCAGAUACGUUUUGCAUUGACAAAUAUCGACAGAAAAAUGGCCGAGAUGUUAGGACGAGUCGAACGAUUACAAGGGACAAAUCAACCAGUUCCCACUGGAAUACAGGGUGGUGGUAAUAUUCCAUCGGAUGUGGCUCGUGUUCAAGAUAUAAAUCGUGUAAUUACUUCUCAUGGUGAUAUAACAAGAACAGUUCAAAGUCUGAGUCAAAUUCUCAGUGAUUUACAACAAAAAGUUACUUACUUACAAACUCAAGCCUCUGCUGGUGGUAAAGUUACUGGUACUAUUAAUCAAGGCGGUUCGUUGGAUAACACUGCACUAAAUGAAAUUAAAGAUGCACUUAAAGUAAUUAAACAAGAAACAGGUGUUUUAAUGCAACGGGGAACUAUAAAGUGUCCAACAUCAGACAACGGUACUUGUAUGGGUCCAUUUUUAUUUUUAUCAAUCAUUGUAGUGCAAUGUGUUGUUAUUAUUGGUUAUUUUAUUUACAAUCAAGAAGCGGCCACUGCUGCAUCGCCUGAAAAAGAUCAAGCAGAUGCAGAUGAUAAAAAAUUAAAACAACAAAAAUAUCAAGAACUAGAAAAAAUGAAAUUUCGACCAUUGUAUUUGGAUGCACAAGCCACAACACCAAUGGAUCCACGUGUUCUUGAUUCUAUGCUACCGUUUAUGACACAUUUAUAUGGAAAUCCUCACUCAAGAACGCAUGCAUAUGGUUGGGAAAGUGAAAAAGCAGUAGAAGAAUCUAGAGAGAAAGUUGCCCGGUUAAUUGGUGCUGAUGCAAAAGAAAUUAUAUUUACAAGUGGUGCAACAGAGUCGAACAAUAUCGCCGUGAAAGGUGUUGCACGAUUUUAUAAAGAAAAGAAGAAACAUGUUAUUACUACACAAACUGAGCAUAAAUGCGUACUAGAUUCGUGUCGUGUUCUUGAAAGUGAAGGAUUUAAAGUAACUUAUUUACCAGUACAACAGAAUGGUCUUAUUGAUCUACAACAACUUGAAUCUGUUCUUACACCAGAUACAAGUAUUUGUUCUAUAAUGACAGUGAAUAAUGAAAUUGGUGUCAGACAACCGGUGAAAGAAAUUGGUAAACUUUGCCGUUCGAAAAAAGUUUUUUUUCAUACUGAUGCAGCUCAGGCUGUUGGAAAAAUUCCUCUCAACGUCAAUGAUAUGAACAUUGAUCUAAUGUCUAUUAGCGGUCAUAAAUUAUAUGGUCCAAAAGGUAUUGGUGCUUUGUAUAUUCGACGUCGACCUCGAGUAAGAAUUGAUCCUAUUCAAACUGGUGGUGGUCAAGAGCGAAAUGUGAGAAGUGGAACAGUACCGACACCAUUAGUUGUUGGAUUAGGUACGGCAUGCCAAUUAGCCGAAGAAGAAAUGAGUUAUGAUCAACAACGUAUAUCUAAACUGGCUAAACGUCUUAUUGAUGGCCUUUCUAAACGAUGUACAAAUGUCAUAUUAAACGGAGAUGCACAAGCGAGAUAUGAUGGAUGUGUUAAUUUAUCAUUUGCUUACAUUGAAGGAGAAAGUUUAUUGAUGGCAUUAAAAGAUAUUGCACUAUCAUCAGGAAGUGCUUGUACGUCUGCCUCAUUGGAGCCAUCUUAUGUAUUACGUGCCAUUGGUGCUGAUGAUGAUCUAGCACAUUCAUCUAUACGGUUUGGCAUUGGUCGCUUUUCAACAGAACAAGAAAUAGAUUAUACAAUUGAAAAAACGGUUGAACAUGUUAAACGUUUACGUGAGAUGAGUCCGUUAUGGGAAAUGGUACAAGAAGGUAUCGAUAUUAAAUCGAUAAAAUGGUCACAACAUUAA